AGGGAGCACCUUGCCCCACUCCCUCCUCGACUGCCGGCCCGCCGUGCCAGCCCCAGGAUGGGCACCAGCAGCAGGAGCUGGGCACUGGUGUGGGCCCUCGAAGCCCUGCUCAUGGUGUGGCCGGCAGAGACGCAGGGCCAUGAGGAGCUGAGCUUGGGGAACCCAGAACCCACCCAGGACCAUCACAGGACAAAUAGUGUCUACCUCCCGUCUUCGUCUGCCUGGCCUGUGGUCUUUCCACCUACCACCAUCAUGCCCAGCACAAGCUCCCUGAACCGGGCCCACAACGGGCGGGUAUGCAGCACCUGGGGCGACUUCCACUACAAGACCUUCGACGGCGACAUCUUCCGCUUCCCCGGCCUGUGCAACUACGUGUUCUCUGCCCACUGUGGAGCCGCCUACGAGGACUUCAACCUGCAGAUGCGCCGCAGCUUGGCAGGCUCCAGUUCCACCAUCAGCCGCAUUGUCCUCAAGACCCAGGGGCUGGUGCUGGAGCUGUCCCACAGCUCUGUCCUUGUCAAUGGACAGCGGGAGGAGCUGCCCUACAGCCGUGCUGGCUUCCUGGUAGAGCAGAGUGGUGACUAUGUGAAGGUCAGCGUCCAGCUGCUGCUGACCUUUCUGUGGAAUGGGAGGGACAGUGCCCUGCUGGAACUGGACUCUAAGUAUGCCAACCAGACAUGUGGGCUGUGCGGAGACUUCAACGGGUUCCCAGCCAGCAAUGAAUUCUUUGUCCACAACACCAGGCUGAGCCCUCUCCAGUUUGGUAACCUGCAGAAGCUGGAUGGUCCUACGGAGACUUGCCAGGACCCCCUGCCCUCACUGGACAACAACUGCACAUAUGAAGUUGGGCCAAGGAGGCACCCAGAGAUCCCAGAACAAGAAGCCCUUACCAAUAUCACAGAGGACUCCUCCUUUGGAUGUGGCCUGGAAUGGGAGGACAUCUGCCACUGCACCCUGCUGGGCCCGGCCUUCGCUGAGUGCAAUAAGCUGGUGGACCCCGAUCCGUAUGUGACUGCCUGUGUCCAGGAUCUGUGCCACUGCCCCACAUGCCCAUGUGCUACCAUUGCCGAGUAUUCCCGCCAGUGUGCCCAAGCAGGGGGCCAGCCACAGAACUGGAGGGGCCCCAAACUCUGCCCACGGACGUGCCCCAUGAACAUGCAGCACCAGGAGUGUGGCUCGUCCUGCACCGACACCUGCUCCAACCCCCAGCGCUCCCAGCUCUGCGAGGACCACUGUGUGGCCGGCUGCUUCUGCCCUCCAGGCAUGGUGCUGGACGACAUCACGCACUCUGGCUGCCUGCCUCUGGCACAGUGCCCCUGCACCCACAGCGGCCACACCUACAUGCCCGGGACCUCCUUUACUACCUCCUGCAGCUCCUGCACCUGCUUUGGGGGUCUGUGGCAAUGUCAGGACCAGCCGUGCCCUGGCACCUGCUCUGUGCAGGGAGGGUCCCACAUCUCCACCUAUGACAAGAAGACAUAUGAUGUCCACGGAGACUGCAACUACCUUCUGUCCAAGAAAUGUGCCGACAGCAGCUUCACUGUGCUGGCUGAGCUGCGGAAAUGCGGCCGGACAGACACAGAGAACUGUCUCAGAGGAGUGACACUCAGCCUCAAUGGUGGGGACACGACCAUCCGGGUCCAGGCCAGCGGUGGCGUGUUCAUGAACUCCAUUUACACCCAGCUGCCUGUGUCAGCAGCCAACAUCACCAUCUUCAGCCCCACGUCCUUCUUCAUCCUGGUGCAGACAGGCCUUGGCCUGCAGGUGCAGGUGCAGCUGGUGCCCCUCAUGCAGGUGUAUCUCAGGCUGGACCCCGCCUACCAUGGCCAGAUGUGUGGGCUAUGUGGGAACUUCAACCAGAACCAAGCUGAUGACUUCAUGGCCCUCAGUGGCGUGGUGGAGGGCACAGGUGCCGCCUUCUCCAACACCUGGAAGACCCAGGCUGCCUGCCCCAAUGCCAAGAACAUCUUCGAGGACCCCUGCUCACUCAGUGUGGAGAAUGAGAACUACGCCCAGCACUGGUGCUCACUGCUGACCAACCGCACAGGCCCCUUCUCCGCUUGCCACUCCACCAUCAACCCCUCACCCUUCUACUCGAACUGCAUGUUCGACACGUGCAACUGUGAGAAGAGUGAGGACUGCAUGUGCGCGGCCCUGUCCUCCUACGUGCAGGCCUGUGCUGCUGAGGGCGUGCUGCUGCGUGGCUGGAGGGCCGGUGUCUGCACCAAGUACAUGAGCAAUUGCCCCAAGUCUCAGAUCUACCAGUAUGUGGUGGACACCUGCCCGCCCACCUGCCGUGCCCUGAGUGAGGCCGACACCACCUGCAGUGUCAGCUUUGUGCCUGUGGAUGGCUGCACCUGCCCGGAGAACACCUUCCUGAAUGACGCAGGCAUAUGUGUGCCCGCCCAGAAGUGCCCCUGCUACUUGCAUGGCACCAUGGUGGCCAAUGGGGAGACCGUGCAGGAAAACAGCAUGGUGUGCUCAUGUGCAGAUGGGAAGCUGAGCUGCCUGGGAGCCCUGACGCAGAAGGCCGCAUUUGGGUGUGUGGCGCCCAUGAUGUAUCUGGACUGCAGCAAUGUCUCAGCGGGCACCCCAGGGGUCGAGUGCCUCAGGAGCUGCCACUCUUUGGACAUGGACUGUUUCAGCACACACUGUGUCUCAGGCUGCGUGUGUCCCCCGGGGCUGGUGGCAGAUGGGAGUGGGGGCUGCGUUGCCAAGGAGGACUGCCCCUGUGUCCACAAUGAGGCAUCCUACAAGCCAGGGGCCACCAUCCGGGUCGACUGCAACACCUGCACCUGCAGGAACCGCCGGUGGGAGUGCAGCAGCCAGCCCUGCCUGGGCACCUGUGUGGCCUAUGGGGACGGCCACUUUAUCACCUUUGAUGGCGAGCGCUACAGCUUCGAAGGCAGCUGCCAAUACACCCUGGCCCAGGACUACUGUGGGGGCAAUGGCAGCUCUAGCGGGACUUUCCGCAUCACCACUGAGAACGUCCCCUGUGGGACCACAGGAACCACCUGCUCCAAGGCCAUCAGACUCUUCCUGGGGAGCUAUGAGAUGAUCCUCCACGAGGGGGGCUUCAAGGUGUUGGAAAGGGGGCAGGGUGGGGAUCUGCCCUACAAGAUCCGCUACAUGGGCAUCUUCCUGGUCAUCGAGACCCGCAGUGGGCUGGUGGUGUCCUGGGACCGGAAGACCAGUGUGUUCAUCGGUCUGCAUCAGCAUUACAAGGGCAGGGUCUGCGGCCUGUGUGGGAACUUCGAUGGCAAUGCCCUCAAUGACUUCACUACACGGAGCCAGGCCGUGGUGAGCGAUGUGCUAGAGUUUGGAAACAGCUGGAAGUUCUCCCCGUCCUGCCCGGAUGCCCUGGUGCCCAAGGACCCCUGCACCACCAACCCUUACCGCAAGGCCUGGGCCCAGAAGCAGUGCAGCAUCAUCCACAGUGCCACCUUCGCCACCUGCCACUCUCAGGUCGACUCCACCAAGUACUACGAGGCCUGUGUGCAUGACGCGUGUGCCUGCGACUCGGGGGGAGACUGUGAGUGCUUCUGCACCGCGGUGGCCGCCUAUGCCCAGGCCUGCCACGAAGCUGGCGUGUGUGUGUCCUGGAGGACGCCAGACGUCUGCCCGCUAUUCUGUGACUACUACAACCCCCGUGGGGAGUGUGAGUGGCACUACCAGCCCUGUGGGGCCCCCUGCCUGAGAACCUGCCGGAACCCCAGUGCACACUGCCUGUUUGACAUGCCUGGCUUGGAAGGCUGCUACCCAAAGUGUCCACCCAGCAAGCCCUUUUUCAACGAGGACCAGAUGAAGUGUGUGGCCCAGUGUGGCUGCUAUGAUGAGGAUGGAAACUACUAUGACAUUGGCACGCAGGUCCCCACAACCCAGAACUGCCAGAGCUGUCACUGCACCCCUGGCGGCCUCCAGUGCUCUCACAGUCCCUCAGCCUGCACAUGUUUCUACGAGGGCCGGACUUACGGCUACCAAGACAUCAUCUACAACACCACCGACGGCCUCGGUGCCUGCUUAAUGGCCAUCUGCGGAAACAAUGGGACUAUCAUCAGGAGGGCGGAGGAAUGUCCUGGAACCCCGUCCACAACACCCUUCACCUUCACACCCUUCACCACAAGCACAGUGCCCACAGCAUCCACGGUGUGUGUUCGCGAGGUUUGCAACUGGUCCAGCUGGUACGACAGCAGCCGUCCAGAGCCUGGUAUGGGAGGUGGCGACAUGGAGACACUUGGGAACCUGAGGCAGAAGGGGUACCAAGUGUGCCAGGCCCCGGCAGCCAUCGAAUGCCGUGCAGAGAAGUUCCCCAGCACGCCGUUGCAACAGCUGGGCCAGAAGGUGAAUUGCGACCCAGACAGGGGUCUGACAUGCUUCAACAGUGAGCAAAGCCCGCCGCUCUGCCACAAUUAUGAGCUGCGAGUGCUGUGCUGCACCCAUGUGCCCUGUGGUCACACCCCGUCCCCGGGAACCAGCACCGUCAAACCUCAGUCAACAACACAAGGCACCUGCCAGCCUCAAUGUGAAUGGACAGAGUGGUUCGACACAAAUUAUCCCAAAUCUGAGGAGGACGGGGGAGACAUAGAGAGCUACGACAGGAUUAGGGCAAUGGGGGGCAGUAUCUGUGAACACCCACAGGACAUAGAGUGUGAGACAGACCUCUACCCUGGAAAGAGCCCAGAAACAUUGGGACAGCAAGUAAAGUGUGACAUGCACUACGGCCUGGAGUGCCACAACAAGGACCAGACAGGGCUGUUCCCCAUGUGCUACAACUACAGACUGCGAGUCCUCUGCUGCGGCACAAGCCACUGCGCAGAAACAGCUAGCAAACACCCACUGACCACAGUGCCACGCAACACGACAAAGAGCACACACACACUAGGGUCAGGGUCAACAAAACCUACCAAACACAUCCCCCAGCCUGCGACGGCACAGACCACCACCCACUGCCAUCCCAGGUGUGAGUGGACAGAGUGGUUUGACAUGGACUUCCCCACCUCUGGGGUCGAGGGCGGGGACAUGGAGACCUAUGAGAACAUCAGGGCCGCAGGGGGCAAGAUAUGCCAGGAGCCCCAGAAGAUACAGUGCCGGGCAGAGAAUUACCCAGAGGUCAGCAUCGACCAGAUCGGGCAGGUGGUGACCUGCCACCCCCAGGUCGGGCUGGUCUGCAAGAACAAGGACCAGACGGGAAAGUUCAACAUGUGCUUCAACUACAACGUGCGAGUGCUCUGCUGCGACUCCAGCCACUGCCCCAAAACGACCACCACACUGCCACCAUCUCCUUUGUCCACCACGCUGGCGCCCACGACCGCACUGCCCACUACCACCGCACUGCCCACCACCACACCCCUGUCCACCACCACCCCCCUGCCCACCACCACCCAGACUACCACCUACUGCCAACCCAGGUGUGAGUGGACAGAGUGGUUUGACACGGACUUCCCCACCUCUGAGGUCGAGGGCGGGGACAUGGAGACCUAUGAGAACAUCAGGGCCGCAGGGGGCAAGAUGUGCCAGGAGCCCCAGAAGAUACAGUGCCAGGCAGAGAACUACCCAGAGGUCAGCAUCGACCAAAUAGGGCAGGUGGUGACCUGCAACCCCCAGGUUGGGCUGAUCUGCAAGAACAAGGACCAGACGGGCGAGUUCAACAUGUGCUUCAACUACAACGUGCGAGUGCUCUGCUGCGACUCCAGCCACUGCCCCACCACGGCCACCCCACUGCCACCAUCUCCUUUGUCCACCACGCUGGCGCCCACCACCGCACUGCCCACUACCACCACUCUACCCACCACCACCGCUCUACCCCCCACCACCCCUCUGCCAACCACCACCCCCCUGCCCACCACCACCCAGACCACCACCUACUGCCAACCCAGGUGUGAGUGGACAGAGUGGUUUGAUAUGGACUUCCCCACCUCUGGGGUCGAGGGCGGGGACAUAGAGACCUAUGAGAACAUCAGGGCCGCCGGGGGCAAGAUGUGCCAAGAGCCCCAGAAGAUACAGUGCCGGGCAGAGAACUAUCCCGAGGUCAGCAUCGACCAGAUUGGGCAGGUGGUGACCUGCAACCCCGAGGUAGGGCUGGUCUGCAAGAACAAGGACCAGACGGGAAAGUUCAACAUGUGCUUCAACUACAACGUGCGAGUGCUCUGCUGCGACUCCAGCCACUGCCCCACCACAGCCACCCCACUGCCACCCUCUCCUUUGUCCACCACGCUGGCGCCCACCACCACUACCACCUACUGCCAACCCAGGUGUGAGUGGACAGAGUGGUUUGACUCGGACUUCCCCACCUCUGGGGUCGAGGGCGCAGACAUGGAGACCUACGAGAACAUCAGGGCCGCCGGGGGCAAGAUGUGCCAGGAGCCCCAGAAGAUACAGUGCCGGGCAGAGAACUACCCCGAGGUCAGCAUCAACCAGAUCGGGCAGGUGGUGACCUGCAACCCCCAGGUCGGGCUGGUCUGCAAGAACAAGGACCAGACGGGCGAGUUCAACAUGUGCUUCAACUACAACGUGCGAGUGCUCUGCUGCGACUCCAGCCACUGCCCCACCACGGCCACCACACUGGCGCCCAGCACCACUGCACUGCCCACUACCACCGCGCUGCCCACCACCACCGCUCUGCCCACCACCACCCCCCUGCCCACCACCACCGCACUGCCCACCACCACCCAGACGACCACCUACUGCCAACCGAGGUGUGAGUGGACAGAGUGGUUUGAUAUGGACUUCCCCACCUCUGGGGUCGAGGGCGGAGACAUAGAGACCUACGAGAACAUCAGGGCCGCCGGGGGCAAGAUGUGCCAGGAGCCCCAGAAGAUACAGUGCCGGGCAGAGAACUACCCCGAGGUCAGCAUCGACCAGAUCGGGCAGGUGGUGACCUGCAACCCCCAGGUCGGGCUGGUCUGCAAGAACAAGGACCAGACGGGCGAGUUCAACAUGUGCUUCAACUACAACGUGCGAGUGCUCUGCUGCGACUCCAGCCACUGCCCCACCACGGCCACCCCACUGCCACCCUCUCCUUUGCCCACCACGCUGGCACCCACCACCGCACUGCCCACUACCACCACUCUACCCACCACCACCGCUCUACCCACCACCACCCCUCUGCCAACCACUACCACUCUGCCCACCACGACCCAGACCACCAACUACUGCCAACCGAGGUGUGAGUGGACAGAGUGGUUUGACACGGACUUCCCCACCUCUGGGGAAGAGGGCGCAGACAUGGAGACCUAUGAGAACAUCAGGGCCGCAGGGGGCAAGAUGUGCCAGGAGCCCCAGAACAUACAGUGCCGGGCAGAGAACUACCCAGAGGUCAGCAUCGACCAGAUCGGGCAGGUGGUGACCUGCCACCCCCAAUUCGGGCUGGUCUGCAAGAACAAGGACCAGACGGGCGAGUUCAACAUGUGCUUCAACUACAACGUGCGAGUGCUCUGCUGCGACUCCAGCCACUGCCCCACCACGGCCACCCCACUGCCACCAUCUCCUUUGUCAACCACGCUGGCGCCCACCACCGCACUGCCCACCACCACCACGCUGCCCACCACCACCGCGCUGCCCACCACCACCCCCUUGCCCACCACCACCCCCCUGCACACCACCACCCAGACUACCACCUACUGCCAAAUCAGGUGUGAGUGGACAGAGUGGUUUGACACGGACUUCCCCACCUCUGGGGUCGAGGGCGGGGACAUGGAGACCUAUGAGAACAUCAGGGCCGCAGGGGGCAAGAUGUGCCAGGAGCCCCAGAACAUACAGUGCCGGGCAGAGAACUACCCCGAGGUCAGCAUCGAUCAGAUCGGGCAGGUGGUGACCUGCAACCCCCAGGUCGGGCUGGUCUGCAAGAACAAGGACCAGACGGGCAAGUUCAACAUGUGCUUCAACUACAACGUGCGAGUGCUCUGCUGCAACUCCAGCCACUGCCCCACCACGGCCACCCCACUGCCACCCUCUCCUUUGCCCACCACACUGGCACCCACCACCACUGCACUGCCCACCACCACCGCUCUACCCACCACCACCCCUCUGCCAACCACUACCACUCUGCCCACCACGACCCAGACCACCAACUACUGCCAACCGAGGUGUGAGUGGACAGAGUGGUAUGACACGGACUUCCCCACCUCUGAGGUCGAGGGCGGGGACAUGGAGACCUACGAGAACAUCAAGGCCGCAGGGGGCAAGAUGUGCCAGGAGCCCCAGAAGAUACAGUGCCGGGCAGAGAACUAUCCCGAGGUCAGCAUCGACCAGAUCGGGCAGGUGGUGACCUGCCACCCCCAGGUCGGGCUGGUCUGCAAGAACAAGGACCAGACGGGAAAGUUCAACAUGUGCUUCAACUACAACGUGCGAGUGCUCUGCUGCGACUCCAGCCACUGCCCCAAAACGACCACCACACUGCCACCAUCUCCUUUGUCCACCACGCUGGCGCCCACGACCGCACUGCCCACUACCACCGCACUGCCCACCACCACACCCCUGUCCACCACCACCCCCCUGCCCACCACCACCCAGACUACCACCUACUGCCAACCCAGGUGUGAGUGGACAGAGUGGUUUGACACGGACUUCCCCACCUCUGAGGUCGAGGGCGGGGACAUGGAGACCUAUGAGAACAUCAGGGCCGCAGGGGGCAAGAUGUGCCAGGAGCCCCAGAAGAUACAGUGCCAGGCAGAGAACUACCCAGAGGUCAGCAUCGACCAAAUAGGGCAGGUGGUGACCUGCAACCCCCAGGUUGGGCUGAUCUGCAAGAACAAGGACCAGACGGGCGAGUUCAACAUGUGCUUCAACUACAACGUGCGAGUGCUCUGCUGCGACUCCAGCCACUGCCCCACCACGGCCACCCCACUGCCACCAUCUCCUUUGUCCACCACGCUGGCGCCCACCACCGCACUGCCCACUACCACCACUCUACCCACCACCACCGCUCUACCCCCCACCACCCCUCUGCCAACCACCACCCCCCUGCCCACCACGACCCAGACCACCAACUACUGCCAACCCAGGUGUGAGUGGACAGAGUGGUUUGAUAUGGACUUCCCCACCUCUGGGGUCGAGGGCGGGGACAUAGAGACCUAUGAGAACAUCAGGGCCGCCGGGGGCAAGAUGUGCCAAGAGCCCCAGAAGAUACAGUGCCGGGCAGAGAACUAUCCCGAGGUCAGCAUCGACCAGAUUGGGCAGGUGGUGACCUGCAACCCCGAGGUAGGGCUGGUCUGCAAGAACAAGGACCAGACGGGAAAGUUCAACAUGUGCUUCAACUACAACGUGCGAGUGCUCUGCUGCGACUCCAGCCACUGCCCCACCACAGCCACCCCACUGCCACCCUCUCCUUUGUCCACCACGCUGGCGCCCACCACCACUACCACCUACUGCCAACCCAGGUGUGAGUGGACAGAGUGGUUUGACUCGGACUUCCCCACCUCUGAAGUCGAGGGCGCAGACAUGGAGACCUAUGAGAACAUCAGGGCCGCAGGGGGCAAGAUGUGCCAGGAGCCUCAGAACAUACAGUGCCGUGCAGAGAACUACCCUGAGGUCAGCAUCAACCAGAUCGGGCAGGUGGUGACCUGCAACCCCCAGGUUGGGCUGGUCUGCAAGAACAAGGACCAGACGGGCAAGUUCAACAUGUGCUUCAACUACAACGUCCGAGUGCUCUGCUGCGACUCCAGCCACUGCCCCACCACGGCCACCCCACUGCCACCAUCGCCUUUGUCCACCACACUGGCGCCCACCACCGCACUGCCCACCACCACCGCGCUGCCCACCACCACCCACUUGCCCACCACCACCCCCCUGCCCACCACCACCCAGACUACCACCUACUGCCAAAUCAGGUGUGAGUGGACAGAGUGGUUUGAUAUGGACUUCCCCACCUCUGGGGUCGAGGGCGGGGACAUGGAGACCUAUGAGAACAUCAGGGCCGCAGGGGGCAAGAUGUGCCAGGAGCCCCAGAAGAUACAAUGCCGUGCAGAGAACUACCCUGAGGUCAGCAUCGACCAGAUCGGGCAGGUGGUGACCUGCAACCCCCAGGUUGGGCUGGUCUGCAAGAACAAGGAACAGACGGGCAAGUUCAACAUGUGCUUCAACUACAACGUCCGAGUGCUCUGCUGCGACUCCAGCCACUGCCCCACCACGGCCACCUCACUGCCACCGUCUCCUUUGUCCACCACGCUGGCGCCCACCACUGCACUGUCCACUACCACCGCGCUGCCUACCACCACCGCGCUGUCCACCACCACUCCCUUGCCCACCACCACCCAGACUACCACCUACUGCCAACCCAGGUGUGAGUGGACAGAGUGGUUUGACUCGGACUUCCCCACCUCUGGGGUCGAGGGCGGGGACAUGGAGACCUAUGAGAACAUCAGGGCCGCAGGGGGCAAGAUGUGCCAGGAGCCCCAGAACAUACAGUGCCGGGCAGAGAACUACCCAGAGGUCAGCAUCGACCAGAUCGGGCAGGUGGUGACCUGCCACCCCCAGGUCGGGCUGGUCUGCAAGAACAAGGACCAGACUGGAAAGUUCAACAUGUGCUUCAACUACAACGUGCGAGUGCUCUGCUGCGACUCCAGCCACUGCCCCACCACGGCCACCACACUGGCGCCCAGCACCACUGCACUGCCCACUACCACCGCGCUGCCCACCACCACCGCUCUGCCCACCACCACCCCCCUGCCCACCACCACCGCACUGCCCACCACCACCCAGACGACCACCUACUGCCAACCGAGGUGUGAGUGGACAGAGUGGUUUGAUAUGGACUUCCCCACCUCUGGGGUCGAGGGCGGGGACAUAGAGACCUACGAGAACAUCAGGGCCGCCGGGGGCAAGAUGUGCCAGGAGCCCCAGAAGAUACAGUGCCGGGCAGAGAACUACCCCGAGGUCAGCAUCGACCAGAUCGGGCAGGUGGUGACCUGCAACCCCCAGGUCGGGCUGGUCUGCAAGAACAAGGACCAGACGGGCGAGUUCAACAUGUGCUUCAACUACAACGUGCGAGUGCUCUGCUGCGACUCCAGCCACUGCCCCACCACGGCCACCCCACUGCCACCCUCUCCUUUGCCCACCACGCUGGCACCCACCACCGCACUGCCCACUACCACCACUCUACCCACCACCACUGCUCUACCCACCACCACCCCUCUGCCAACCACUACCACUCUGCCCACCACGACCCAGACCACCAACUACUGCCAACCGAGGUGUGAGUGGACAGAGUGGUUUGACACGGACUUCCCCACCUCUGGGGAAGAGGGCGCAGACAUGGAGACCUAUGAGAACAUCAGGGCCGCAGGGGGCAAGAUGUGCCAGGAGCCCCAGAAGAUACAGUGCCGGGCAGAGAACUACCCAGAGGUCAGCAUCGACCAGAUCGGGCAGAACAAGGACCAGACGGGCGAGUUCAACAUGUGCUUCAACUACAACGUGCGAGUGCUCUGCUGCGACUCCAGCCACUGCCCCACCACGGCCACCCCACUGCCACCCUCUCCUUUGUCCACCACGCUGGCGCCCACCACCGCACUGCCCACCACCACCACGCUGCCCACCACCACCGCGCUGCCCACCACCACUCCCCUGCCCACCACCACCCCCCUGCACACCACCACCCAGACUACCACCUACUGCCAAAUCAGGUGUGAGUGGACAGAGUGGUUUGACACGGACUUCCCCACCUCUGGGGUCGAGGGCGGGGACAUGGAGACCUAUGAGAACAUCAGGGCCGCAGGGGGCAAGAUGUGCCAGGAGCCCCAGAAGAUACAGUGCCGGGCAGAGAACUACCCCGAGGUCAGCAUCAAUCAGAUCGGGCAGGUAGUCACCUGCAACCCCCAGGUCGGGCUGGUCUGCAAGAACAAGGACCAGACGGGCAAGUUCAACAUGUGCUUCAACUACAACGUGCGAGUGCUCUGCUGCAACUCCAGCCACUGCCCCACCACGGCCACCCCACUGCCACCCUCUCCUUUGCCCACCACACUGGCACCCACCACCACUGCACUGCCCACCACCACCGCUCUACCCACCACCACCCCUCUGCCAACCACUACCACUCUGCCCACCACGACCCAGACCACCAACUACUGCCAACCGAGGUGUGAGUGGACAGAGUGGUUUGACACGGACUUCCCCACCUCUGAGGUCGAGGGCGGGGACAUGGAGACCUACGAGAACAUCAAGGCCGCAGGGGGCAAGAUGUGCCAGGAGCCCCAGAAGAUACAGUGCCGGGCAGAGAACUAUCCCGAGGUCAGCAUCGACCAGAUCGGGCAGGUGGUGACCUGCCACCCCCAGGUCGGGCUGGUCUGCAAGAACAAGGACCAGACGGGAAAGUUCAACAUGUGCUUCAACUACAACGUGCGAGUGCUCUGCUGCGACUCCAGCCACUGCCCCACAACGACCACCACACUGCCACCAUCUCCUUUGUCCACCACGCUGGCGCCCACGACCGCACUGCCCACUACCACCGCACUGCCCACCACCACACCCCUGUCCACCACCACCCCCCUGCCCACCACCACCCAGACUACCACCUACUGCCAACCCAGGUGUGAGUGGACAGAGUGGUUUGACACGGACUUCCCCACCUCUGAGGUCGAGGGCGGGGACAUGGAGACCUAUGAGAACAUCAGGGCCGCAGGGGGCAAGAUGUGCCAGGAGCCCCAGAAGAUACAGUGCCAGGCAGAGAACUACCCAGAGGUCAGCAUCGACCAAAUCGGGCAGGUGGUGACCUGCAACCCCCAGGUUGGGCUGAUCUGCAAGAACAAGGACCAGACGGGCGAGUUCAACAUGUGCUUCAACUACAACGUGCGAGUGCUCUGCUGCGACUCCAGCCACUGCCCCACCACGGCCACCCCACUGCCACCAUCUCCUUUGUCCACCACGCUGGCGCCCACCACCGCACUGCCCACUACCACCACUCUACCCACCACCACCGCUCUACCCACCACCACCCCUCUGCCAACCACCACCCCCCUGCCCACCACGACCCAGACCACCAACUACUGCCAACCCAGGUGUGAGUGGACAGAGUGGUUUGAUAUGGACUUCCCCACCUCUGGGGUCGAGGGCGGGGACAUAGAGACCUAUGAGAACAUCAGGGCCGCAGGGGGCAAGAUGUGCCAGGAGCCCCAGAAGAUACAGUGCCGGGCAGAGAACUAUCCCGAGGUCAGCAUCGACCAGAUCGGGCAGGUGGUGACCUGCAACCCCGAGGUAGGGCUGGUCUGCAAGAACAAGGACCAGACGGGAAAGUUCAACAUGUGCUUCAACUACAACGUGCGAGUGCUCUGCUGCGACUCCAGCCACUGCCCCACCACAGCCACCCCACUGCCACCCUCUCCUUUGUCCACCACGCUGGCGCCCACCACCACUACCACCUACUGCCAACCCAGGUGUGAGUGGACAGAGUGGUUUGACUCGGACUUCCCCACCUCUGAAGUCGAGGGCGCAGACAUGGAGACCUAUGAGAACAUCAGGGCCGCAGGGGGCAAGAUGUGCCAGGAGCCUCAGAACAUACAGUGCCGUGCAGAGAACUACCCUGAGGUCAGCAUCAACCAGAUCGGGCAGGUGGUGACCUGCAACCCCCAGGUUGGGCUGGUCUGCAAGAACAAGGACCAGACGGGCAAGUUCAACAUGUGCUUCAACUACAACGUCCGAGUGCUCUGCUGCGACUCCAGCCACUGCCCCACCACGGCCACCCCACUGCCACCAUCGCCUUUGUCCACCACACUGGCGCCCACCACCGCACUGCCCACCACCACCGCGCUGCCCACCACCACCCACUUGCCCACCACCACCCCCCUGCCCACCACCACCCAGACUACCACCUACUGCCAAAUCAGGUGUGAGUGGACAGAGUGGUUUGAUAUGGACUUCCCCACCUCUGGGGUCGAGGGCGGGGACAUGGAGACCUAUGAGAACAUCAGGGCCGCAGGGGGCAAGAUGUGCCAGGAGCCCCAGAAGAUACAGUGCCGUGCAGAGAACUACCCUGAGGUCAGCAUCGACCAGAUCGGGCAGGUGGUGACCUGCAACCCCCAGGUUGGGCUGGUCUGCAAGAACAAGGAACAGACGGGCAAGUUCAACAUGUGCUUCAACUACAACGUCCGAGUGCUCUGCUGCGACUCCAGCCACUGCCCCACCACGGCCACCUCACUGCCACCGUCUCCUUUGUCCACCACGCUGGCGCCCACCACUGCACUGUCCACUACCACCGCGCUGCCUACCACCACCGCGCUGUCCACCACCACUCCCUUGCCCACCACCACCCAGACUACCACCUACUGCCAACCCAGGUGUGAGUGGACAGAGUGGUUUGACUCGGACUUCCCCACCUCUGGGGUCGAGGGCGGGGACAUGGAGACCUAUGAGAACAUCAGGGCCGCAGGGGGCAAGAUGUGCCAGGAGCCCCAGAACAUACAGUGCCGGGCAGAGAACUACCCAGAGGUCAGCAUCGACCAGAUCGGGCAGGUGGUGACCUGCCACCCCCAGGUCGGGCUGGUCUGCAAGAACAAGGACCAGACUGGAAAGUUCAACAUGUGCUUCAACUACAACGUGCGAGUGCUCUGCUGCGACUCCAGCCACUGCCCCACCACGGCCACCCCAUUGGCGCCCACCACCAGUGCACUGCCCACUACCACCGCGCUGCCCACCACCACGGCUCUGCCCACCACCAGCCCCCUGCCCACCACCACCGCACUGCCCACCACCACCCAGACGACCACCUACUGCCAACCGAGGUGUGAGUGGACAGAGUGGUUUGAUAUGGACUUCCCCACCUCUGGGGUCGAGGGCGGAGACAUAGAGACCUACGAGAACAUCAGGGCCGCAGGGGGCAAGAUGUGCCAGGAGCCCCAGAAGAUACAGUGCCGGGCAGAGAACUACCCCGAGGUCAGCAUCGACCAGAUCGGGCAGGUGGUGACCUGCAACCCCCAGGUCGGGCUGGUCUGCAAGAACAAGGACCAGACGGGCGAGUUCAACAUGUGCUUCAACUACAACGUGCGAGUGCUCUGCUGCGACUCCAGCCACUGCCCCACCACGGCCACCCCACUGCCACCCUCUCCUUUGCCCACCACGCUGGCACCCACCACCGCACUGCCCACUACCACCACUCUACCCACCACCACCGCUCUACCCACCACCACCCCUCUGCCAACCACUACCACUCUGCCCACCACGACCCAGACCACCAACUACUGCCAACCGAGGUGUGAGUGGACAGAGUGGUUUGACACGGACUUCCCCACCUCUGGGGAAGAGGGCGCAGACAUGGAGACCUAUGAGAACAUCAGGGCCGCAGGGGGCAAGAUGUGCCAGGAGCCCCAGAACAUACAGUGCCGGGCAGAGAACUACCCAGAGGUCAGCAUCGACCAGAUCGGGCAGGUGGUGACCUGCCACCCCCAAUUCGGGCUGGUCUGCAAGAACAAGGACCAGACGGGCGAGUUCAACAUGUGCUUCAACUACAACGUGCGAGUGCUCUGCUGCGACUCCAGCCACUGCCCCACCACGGCCACCCCACUGCCACCAUCUCCUUUGUCCACCACGCUGGCGCCCACCACCCCACCACCACCCCCUGCCCACCACCACCCCCUGCACACCACCACCCAGACUACCACCUACUGCCAACUCAGGUGUGAGUGGACAGAGUGGUUUGACACGGACUUCCCCACCUCUGGGGUCGAGGGCGGGGACAUGGAGACCUAUGAGAACAUCAGGGCCGCAGGGGGCAAGAUGUGCCAGGAGCCCCAGAACAUACAGUGCCGGGCAGAGAACUACCCCGAGGUCAGCAUCGACCAGAUCGGGCAGGUGGUGACCUGCAACCCCCAGGUCGGGCUGGUCUGCAAGAACAAGGACCAGACGGGCAAGUUCAACAUGUGCUUCAACUACAACGUGCGAGUGCUCUGCUGCGACUCCAGCCACUGCCCCACCACGGCCACCCCACUGCCACCCUCUCCUUUGCCCACCACACUGGCACCCACCACCACUGCACUGCCCACCACCACCGCUCUACCCACCACCACCCCUCUGCCCACCACCACCCUUCUGCCAACCACUACCACUCUGCCCACCACGACCCAGACCACCAACUACUGCCAACCGAGGUGUGAGUGGACAGAGUGGUUUGACACGGACUUCCCCACCUCUGGGGAAGAGGGCGCAGACAUGGAGACCUAUGAGAACAUCAGGGCCGCAGGGGGCAAGAUGUGCCAGGAGCCCCAGAACAUACAGUGCCGGGCAGAGAACUACCCAGAGGUCAGCAUCGACCAGAUCGGGCAGGUGGUGACCUGCCACCCCCAAUUCGGGCUGGUCUGCAAGAACAAGGACCAGACGGGCGAGUUCAACAUGUGCUUCAACUACAACGUGCGAGUGCUCUGCUGCGACUCCAGCCACUGCCCCACCACGGCCACCCCACUGCCACCCUCUCCUUUGCCCACCACACUGGCGCCCACCACCACUGCACUGCCCACCACCACCGCUCUACCCACCACCACCCCUCUGCCCACCACCACUGCACUGCCCACCACCACCCAGACCACCACCCAGUGCCAACCCAGGUGUGAGUGGACAGAGUGGUAUGACACGGACUUCCCCACCUCUGGGGUCGAGGGCGGGGACAUGGAGACCUAUGAGAACAUCAGGGCCGCAGGGGGCAAGAUGUGCCAGGAGCCCCAGAACAUACAGUGCCGGGCAGAGAACUACCCAGAGGUCAGCAUCGACCAGAUCGGGCAGGUGGUGACCUGCAACCCCCAGGUCGGGCUGGUCUGCAAGAACAAGGACCAGACGGGGAAGUUCAACAUGUGCUUCAACUACAACGUGCGAGUGCUCUGCUGCGACUCCAGCCACUGCCCCACCCCCACGGCCACCCCACUGCCACCGUCUCCUUUGUCCACCACACUGGCGCCCACCACUGCACUGUCCACUACCACCGCGCUGCCUACCACCACCGUGCUGUCCACCACCACUCCCUUGCCCACCACCACCCCCCUGGCCACCACCACCCAGACUACCACCUACUGCCAACCCAGGUGUGAGUGGACAGAGUGGUUUGACUCGGACUUCCCCACCUCUGGGGUCGAGGGCGGGGACAUGGAGACCUAUGAGAACAUCAGGGCCGCCGGGGGCAAGAUGUGCCAGGAGCCCCAGAACAUACAGUGCCGGGCAGAGAACUACCCUGAGGUCAGCAUCGACCAGAUCGGGCAGGUGGUGACCUGCAACCCCCAGGUCGGGCUGGUCUGCAAGAACAAAGACCAGACGGGCGAGUUCAACAUGUGCUUCAACUACAAUGUGCGUGUGCUCUGCUGCGACUCCAGCCACUGCCCUGUCACAGCAGGCAUUUCUUCCUCUACACUGCCUUCCACACCUGGUCCCACCAGUGGCCUGGGCUCCACUGUGCUCGUCAGCACACGCACCUUCCCUGAGCCUUGCUUCUGCAAGGCCUUUGGAGGGCUCUUCUCACCUGGCGAUGUCAUCUACAACAAGACCGACAGAGCUGGAUGCAACUUCUAUGCCAUCUGCACCCAGGAGUGUGGCAUUGAGCGCUUCCAUGGCACUUGCCCCACCUCCUCACCCACCAUGUCCUCCAUCCCUGUGCCCCCACCCUCACCGCCUCUUGGCUGUGAUAAUGCUGUUCCUCCCCGACAGGUGAAUGAGUCCUGGACCCUGGAGAACUGCACUGUAGCCAGGUGUGAGGGAAACAAUCGUGUUGUCCUGCUAGAGCCAUCGCCCGUGGCCAGCAUCACCUGUGUGAACCAGCACAUGCCCAUCAAAGUGUGGAGCCAGAGCCAGCCUUGCCUCUUCCACUACGAGUGCGAGUGUUUCUGCAGUGGAUGGGGCCACUGGAACUUCAUGACAUUCGACGGUACCUCCUACUCCUUCCGGGGCAACUGUACCUACACCCUCAUGAGGGAGAUCCACCCUCGCCACGGGAACCUGAGCAUCCUCAUUGACAACCACCACUGCAGGGCCCACGACACGGCCAGCUGCCCCCAAGCCCUCCGAGUGCACUACGAGUCCACAGAGAUCAUCCUCACUACCACCAACACCAGCGCAGGAGAGGAGAGCCUGAUCCUUUUCAACCAAAUGCGGGUGAGCCGGGGCUUCAGCAAGAACGGCAUUAGCGUGUCCAUGACGGGGGCCACCACGAUGGGCAUCCACAUUCCUGCUGUUGGCGUGAGCAUCACUUUCAAUGGGCACACCUUCCAGAUCCAGUUGUCCUAUGGCUACUUUGGCCACAACACGGAGGGCCAGUGCGGCACCUGCACCAACAGCCAGAGUGAUGACUGCCGCCGGCCUGAUGGCACCAUCGCCCCCAACUGCCAGGACAUGGCCAAGACCUGGGUGGUGCCUGACAGUAGCCGAGAGGACUGCCAGGCAGUACCCAACCUUCCUGUCACCACCAGCCCCCCACCCCCAGUGUACAGCACAACUAGCUCCACCCCCUGCCCCAUCUCACCCCUCUGCAAACUGAUGCUGAGCGGGGUCUUUGCUGAGUGCCACAGCCUCAUCCCACCUGGUCCCUUCUUCCAUACCUGCGUGAGUGACAGCUGCCAGGCUGACACCCUCAUGCUUUGCCAGAACCUGGAGGCCUAUGCGGCACUGUGCCGCUCCCGGGACGUGUGUGUGGACUGGCGCAACGCUACCAGUGGGCUGUGUGACCACCCCUGCCCACCCACCAAGAGGUACAGGCCAUGUGGCCCCAUGCAGCCUGCAGCCUGUGACUCCAGGACCCACAGUCCCCUGAGCUCACAACUGGCUGAGGGCUGCUUCUGCCCUGAGCACCAGCUCCUCUUCAGCUUGAGCACAGACAUCUGUGUGCCCGAAUGCUCCUGCGUGGGACCAGAUGGGUCUCCCAAAUUUCUGGGAGAGCAAUGGAUCAGCAACUGCCAGUCCUGUGUGUGUGAUGAGGGCUCAGCAUCCGUGAGGUGCAAGCCGGUGCAGUGCGAGGUCCAGGACCUGCCCCUGCAGUGUGGGCAGCCUGGUUUCAUGGCCCUAACCAGGCCCCAGGCCAACAACCCCUGCUGCUCUGAGACACUGUGUGUCUGCAAUGUGACCACCUGCCCCCAGGACCCACCUGAGUGUGGGCCUGGGCAGGAGCUGACCUACACCCAGGAACAGAGCAGCUGCUGCCCCAACUUCAGCUGCCGACCUAAGCUGUGCAACUACAAUGGCACUGUCUAUGGGGUCGGAGCCACCUUUCCAGGGGUCAUUCCCUGCCACAUAUGCAUCUGCGUCUCCAUGGGAACCCAGGCCCCAACUGUGCAGUGUAAGGAGGUUGCCUGUACCACCUCCUGCCCCCAGGGCUUUGAGUAUUCAAGAUCAGACAGACAGUGUGUUCCGAUCACCUGCUUCACACCGGAGGGCCAGUCAGUCCAGCCCAAUGAAACCUGGGUCAGCAGCCAUGUGGACAACUGCACUGAGUACCGCUGUGAGACCAAGAGUGGGAUCCCCGUGCUGACCCCACGGCCCAAGCCUUGCCCUGACGUGUCCAACUGCAGUGGGAUCCUCAGGAAAGCUGGGUGCUGCUACUCCUGUGAGGAAAGGGACUCGUGCCAAGUUCGUGACACCCUGACCAUCCUGCGGUACCAGGGCUGUGAGACGGAGACUGUGGUCAAUGUCAGCUUCUGCGAGGGCUCCUGUCCUGGAGUGUCCAAGUACUCAAUGGAGGCCCAGGCCAUGCAGCAAAAGUGCACCUGCUGCCAGGAGAGGAGGACCCACCAGGAGGCUGUGAUCAUGCGGUGUCCCAACGGCACAGACAUUCAGCACACCUACACCCAAGUGGACGAGUGCAGCUGCUCCCUGUCCUGCCUCUCCUUAACCCAGGCUCCCAUGGACACACACAUCUAGGGGUCACUGGUGGGGAACAUCCUGGCCCCCAUCCCUGUGCCCCUCCUCCUGGAGCCAGAACACGCAUCACUGACUACAAAAACCUUGGGUGGGCCUGUGAGCCUCCCUGCCAGUGCCCUGGAACAUUAUGGACAGUGAGGAUCCACUUGAGGAGGGCACAGGCAGGUGUCCUGCCCUCAGAGACCCUCCAGCCUGUCUGGGUCACUUACCAUCAGGCCCCACCCUGGCCUUAUGCCUUUCUGAUGGCAUCAAGAUGCCCUGAAGCAAAACUGAGCACCUGCUGCUGCCAUCUCACCACAGGCCUGGGGGCCCCAACCCACAGGGCUCUAAGAGGCAAGAUUUUCUGCCAGGCGCCAGGGAGCUCCAUCAGGCAUGGGGGCUACCUGUCCAUGUCUGCACCCUAGGGCUGGCUGGAGGGGACUUGGGGGCUGCUAAGGGUGGGAUGGAGGGGAGCCCCCAAGUACCCCUCUGCUCACUUAACCUCAAACUACAAUAAACCCUGGCACUGUG